AUGAAAGAUAUACAUGAAAAUGAUCGACGUGACAUUCAACAUAUUGUUGAUUUACUUUCCGGUGCAGGUUGCUUUAAAAUACAACAAAAGGGAAACUCUUCAUUAAUGCAACUUAAACGAAAAUUUACAAAUUAUGAAGAUAUUCGUGGCGCAUAUGAUUUUAAAAUUAUCGAAAUUGCUAAAAAUGAGGCAAUUAAAGUAUUUGCUGAUGUAGUACAACGUGCUGGUGCUUCAUCUCAACAUUUAUUACAUUUAGAAAGUGUUUUUACACGUUUAUCAGAAAUUGCUAAUGAUAAUCAAGAAUAUUAUUUGAAUCCGUCUGUAUUUACAAAACUAUUAAACCCUAUUAACAAACUUCUAACAGCUUUAAUUGAAUAUUAA